UUUUGAUUCAUUAAGAUUAAUGCACUCUAAAUUUAAAGUUUACCAAAAAUGUAUUCAGCAAAAAUAAACUCUAAGUACAGCGAAGAAUUAGCUCAAGAGAGUUUGGAAUGGAUCAAAAAUGUGACCAGCGAGCCUAUCAACACAUCCGGCGAUAUGGAUAACUUUUUUGAAGUGCUUAAGGAUGGUGUGUUGCUAUGUAAGCUCGCUAAUUGCAUACAACCUGGAUCUGUUAAAAAGAUCAAUGAAAGUAAAAUGGCAUUUAAAUGCAUGGAAAAUAUUUCUGCUUUCUUAGAAUGUGCCAAAAAGUUUGGUGUGCCAACACAAGAAACCUUCCAAAGUGUUGAUCUCUGGGAAAGACAAAAUUUGAAUUCAGUUGUCAUAUGCCUACAAUCAUUGGGCAGAAAGGCCUCUAAUUUCGGUAAACCAUCUAUUGGCCCAAAGGAAGCUGAUAAGAACGUACGCAACUUUUCUGAUGAACAACUACGUGCUGGUCAAAACGUUAUCUCAUUACAGUACGGUUCUAAUAAAGGUGCCACUCAGUCUGGCAUUAACUUCGGCAACACCAGACAUAUGUAAACCCUACACAUUAUCAGGGACCAAAUUGCGUCAAUUAAAAUAUAUCCUUUUUUUAAUGUAUUUUUGUCAUCUAGUGUUUUAUUUGACGCCAAAUUUAUAUUAAUAUUACAAUCAGUUUUUACCUUUAAGCAUUCCAUGGUAGCAAAACAUUGUAUUCCGAUUUUACAAGAAACAAACUAUUCCAACACUCGUAAUUUAAGAUUAAAUAUAAAUUUUUUUAAGAUAUAUUUUGUAACAGAUUAUUUGUUUUCGAUUCUAAAUUGGCACAUUAAAUUGAAGAGACAGAAAAUUAUAUUAAGUAUUUAAAAAAGAACUAAGAAAGCAAUUGCUUUUGUGCCAUUUUCUAUUUAUUAUCCUUCAAAAUAAAUAAUACUUGAACAAUACUUGUUAACACCACUAAAAGUUUUUGUAUGUACAAUACUAAUUGAAUUAGAAAGAGAUAUUAAUGUAACCGUGUACACAUGUCGUAUAUUCUAUAUACAAUUGUGUACAUAUUAAAUGGCCUUUAUUGAAAAGAUUUUUCACGUACAAUGAAACAAAAGUGUCUUUAACCAAGUUUGAUGUUAAAAUUAAUUAUAUUAAAAGUUUAAGUAUAUAUUUGUCAUAUAUAAAAUUCUUAAAAUAAAAUAGAACUGUUAAACGUGUUGAAAAUAAAAGAUAAAUAUC